AUGCAGGGUUCCCUCGGCGUCCUAUCCAGAGCGCCGAGCGCGUCACUGCGUGUUCUCUUCCCGCGGCAGCUAACCGCGAGGGCGAGAUGGCUGCAGGGCGGCGGCGGGCGGACAGGGGCUUCGGAGGAGGAGGAGGCUGCGGUCCCGUACGUCGACGUGCCUCGGCCGGGCAGGAAGUGGGAGCGGAAGCCGUACGUGACGCCGAUGAAAGUGCUCAUCCGGCGGGCCAAGGAGGAGAGGCAGGCCCGCCGGGAGAACCCGUGCCGCGUGCUCGAGCACCCGCCCGACAACGGCCUUGUCGUGCCGCACCUCGUCGACGUCGCCCGCCGCGUGCACGCCGCGAGGGAGGGGCUCCUCGGCGGCCUGACCAGGCUCGUCGAGGGCGAGGGCGCCAUCCCGGUGAAGCGAUGCAGGUUUUGCUCGGAGGUGCACAUCGGCCGCGUUGGGCACGAGAUCAGGACGUGCGAGGGGCGUAACAGCGGCGCGAGGAACUCCCUGCACGUGUGGCGGCCGGGGACCGUGCGGGACGUCGUCGGCUUCCCCUACUGCUACCACCUGUUCGACCGCGUCGGGAAGCCCAGAGUCGUGCACAAGGAGAAGUACGACGUGCCGAGGCUCCCAGCGAUCCUGGAGCUCUGCAUCCAGGCCGGCGUCGACGUCCAGCGCUACCCGACCAAGCGGCGCACCAGGCCAGUCUACUCCAUUGAAGGCAGGAUCGUGGACUUUGAGCCGGACGACGAAGCAGCUGGGACGUUACCUGAACCGCCAGCGUGCACACCAUCGUUGUCUACAGCUGCGCCAACCAUAAUAAGUUCAACUUCUCCUGAUGUUGUUAGCGAAGAAGAGGAAAAGGAGGAGAUCACCGUGACUGAGCUUGCGUCGAGGACACUGCAAUCGUGGCUGGACAUGAGGUCCGGCGCGGCGAGGCUGAUGAAGAAGUAUAGCGUGCACACCUGCGGCUACUGCCCUGAAGUGCAGGUCGGUCCCAAGGGGCACAAGGUGCGGAUGUGCAGGGCCACCAAGCACCAGCAGCGGGACGGACAGCACGCGUGGCAGGAGGCCACGGUGGACGACCUCGUCCCGCCCAACUACGUGUGGCACGUCGCGGACCCCGCCGGCGACGAGGCACCGCCAUUGGCCAACGAGCUCAAGCGGUACUACGGCAAGGCCCCCGCGGUGGUGGAGCUGUGCGUGCAGGCUGGCGCGCCCGUGCCCGCGGAGUACCGGAGCAUGAUGCGGCUCGACGUCGUGCCGCCAGCGCGCGACGAGUACGACCUCGUCGCUUGA